ACAAGAAGGAGAGAGGGAUUCAAGUGAGGCUGUAUAGUUUUGCCAUUUAUUGUCUGUUUUAUACUUGGAAAAAGACUGGACAAACACACUGAAAUUACACUUGUCAAACGCUUUCGGACACGGAUCUCAUCCCCGGCAUACCUGAAGGUUUGGGAUUAGAAGACUGGCUGUAAGAAUUUGUAUUCCAUUUUUUCAUGUUUCCAACAGGUUUACCUUCCCCUAAUCCCCCACCGCCAACCCAGGAGGCUAGACCAGCAGCUUCUGAUGUCAAAAACGAAAGCGGUAUCACGUCUUCGAAGAAGAGGAAAAUAAACAGUUCUGAGAGGGAAGAUAUUGACACAAUUUCUUCGUCUCCUAAAACCCUAAAUUCCUCUCCUUCGUCCUGCUCCUCCACUUCGCAACACAUCCAGAAGAAGUUGAGGUUCGAAGAUUCCCUGGAUUUCAUUGGACUGGAUGUGAAGAUGGCUGAGGAAUCUGCCUCCUGCUCUAAUAAGAGCAAAAAUGUGUUCCUGCCUGGUGGCGUUGGCCACCAUGCAAACGGACUGACUAAAACCGCAGGAUCCAACACAUUUUCCAACAGUAAACCCGGUGCUGCAAAGAAACUAGUCAUCAAGAACUUCAAAGAAAAGCCCAAAUUGCCCGAGAAUUACACACACGAGACCUGGCAAAAGCUGAAGGAGGCCGUAGAGGCCAUUCAGAACAGCACUUCAAUCAAGUACAAUCUAGAGGAACUUUAUCAGGCUGUUGAGAACCUAUGCUCCCAUAAGAUAUCUGCCAAGCUCUAUAAACAGCUGAGGGCAGUAUGUGAGGACCACAUAAAGGCUCAAAUUGAUCAAUUCAGGGAGGAUGCCCUGGACAGUGUGCUCUUCCUGAAGAAAAUAGACAAAUGUUGGCAAGAUCACUGUAGACAAAUGAUCAUGAUUAGGAGUAUAUUUCUGUUCUUGGACCGCACCUAUGUUUUACAAAAUUCAAUGCUGCCGUCAAUCUGGGACAUGGGCCUGGACCUCUUUAGGUUCUACAUCAUCAGUGAUCUGAAGGUCCAGAGUAAGACCAUUGACGGAAUCCUGCUUCUCAUCGAGAGGGAGCGCAGCGGGGAAGCAAUUGACCGGAGUCUGCUGAGGAGCCUCCUUAGCAUGCUCUCUGACCUACAGAUUUAUCAAGACUCUUUUGAGCAACGCUUUUUGGAGGAAACCAAUCGGCUGUACGCUGCAGAGGGACAGAGACUCAUGCAGGAGAGAGAGGUACCGGAAUACCUCCAUCAUGUGAACAAACGUUUGGAGGAGGAAGCGGACAGGGUCAUCACAUAUCUAGACCAGAGUACACAGAAACCCCUCAUUGCUACCGUGGAGAAGCAGUUGCUGGGUGAACAUCUCACUGCUACUCUGCAAAAAGGGUUGACUCACCUGCUAGAUGAGAACAGAAUCCAGGAUCUGUCUCUUCUUUAUCAGCUCUUUAGUCGAGUGCGAGGUGGUGUUCAGGUCCUUCUACAGCACUGGAUAGAGUAUAUCAAGGCCUUUGGAAGUACAAUUGUCAUCAACCCAGAAAAAGACAAGACGAUGGUGCAAGAGUUACUGGACUUCAAAGACAAGGUGGAUCACAUCAUUGAUGUCUGCUUUAUGAGAAAUGAGAAGUUUGUCAAUGCUAUGAAAGAAGCCUUUGAAACAUUCAUCAACAAAAGGCCAAAUAAACCUGCAGAGCUCAUAGCAAAACAUGUGGACUCAAAGCUACGAGCAGGAAACAAGGAAGCAACAGAUGAAGAACUGGAAAAGAUGCUGGAUAAGAUCAUGAUCAUCUUCAGAUUCAUCUAUGGUAAAGAUGUAUUUGAGGCCUUUUACAAGAAGGAUCUGGCCAAGAGGUUACUGGUGGGAAAAAGCGCCUCCGUCGAUGCUGAAAAAUCAAUGUUGUCAAAGCUGAAACAUGAAUGCGGUGCAGCAUUCACCAGCAAGCUGGAGGGCAUGUUCAAAGACAUGGAGCUUUCUAAAGACAUAAUGGUGCAGUUCAAACAGUACAUGCAGUGCCAAAACAUCCCAGGCAACAUUGAGCUGACAGUGAAUAUCCUCACCAUGGGGUACUGGCCAACAUAUAUCCCCAUGGAAGUGCACCUACCUCCUGAGAUGGUACGGUUGCAGGAGAUCUUCAAGACUUUCUACCUGGGCAAACACAGCGGCAGAAAGCUCCAGUGGCAAUCAACGCUUGGCCAUUGUGUCUUAAAAGCAGAAUUCAAAGAGGGCAAGAAGGAGCUCCAAGUGUCCCUUUUCCAGACACUAGUGCUACUAAUGUUUAACGAAGGAGAGGAAUUUACUCUUGAGGAAAUCAAGCUGGCUACAGGAAUAGAGGACAGUGAGCUGCGGCGGACUCUGCAGUCACUGGCAUGCGGGAAGGCCCGUGUUCUCACCAAACUCCCAAAAAGCAAAGAUGUUGAGGAUGGAGACAAGUUUUCCUGCAAUGACGACUUCAAACACAAGCUCUUCAGGAUCAAGAUAAACCAGAUCCAGAUGAAAGAAACGGUGGAAGAGCAAGCCAGCACUACAGAACGGGUCUUUCAGGAUCGCCAAUAUCAGAUUGAUGCUGCCAUUGUCCGGAUCAUGAAGAUGAGGAAAACUCUUAGCCAUAACCUAUUGGUGUCUGAAGUGUACAACCAGCUCAAGUUUCCUGUCAAGCCUGCUGACUUGAAGAAGAGAAUAGAGUCUCUCAUUGACAGAGACUAUAUGGAGCGUGACAAAGAGAACCCCAACCAGUACAACUAUGUGGCUUAGAAAAAGAAAAGGAGUGUUAGUCAGAGAGAGAGAGGCGGGUGGUUGAGUCAAGGCUAAAGGCUUCUGAGUGUUCGGUCUCCGAUCCUUUGCUACAGUGGAUGUUACCGUUAUCCUCUUCAACCCAGUGACCGACAAGUGAAUGGAAACUGCUCCACGGGAUUUUUGUCAGGGGUCUUGUGAUCCUGUGGACUGCAUGCCCAUUAAAAAGAGAAUAUCGUCCAUGUUUCUCAGUCCCUCUGAGAAUCGGACUACCUUGGACAAAAAAAGAAAAA